UCUAUGUAUCUGCCUCCAUGAAUAUUCAAUUGGUUAUUCUAUAUGCCUCCAUUAAUAUUCAAUUCAUUUUUCAUAUACUACUAUACUAGAGAACUGCGAGCUUGAUUAUUUUUUAAUUCAGUUUUCACGUUUCCAAACGAUUCUCCACAUUCGCCUUUCGGUGCAAGCGAAGGGCGCUUUAUUUAGAUAUGCAAUAUGUCUCUUUGUGUAUUCAUUGGGAUUGAGUUCCGAUGCUUAUUAUAUUCAUGCAAUUGUCUCUUAUUAUCAGUCAAUGCCUUGGGACAAAAAGAUAUUUCUAUUUUUCGUAUUUAAAAGUAAUUGCUGCUGCCUAAGUAGAUCAAUGCUUCCUGCAUUGCUAGCAAUGGCAACGACAGACUGACUUAGAGAGACAUGUAACGUUAGGAGUGUAGCAAAUUUUAAAUUUCGGACGAAUUAGCUGAUUAAGAAAGAUAGAAAGCCAGCACAUAAUUUAGAAUGCUCUAUCUUGAUAGGAAAAAAAUAAAAGAAGAAAUCAAGAAAAGAAAAAACCAUCACAUGAUCAGUUGAUACUUAUAAGUAUGUUGAUGAGAUCAAUAGUAGUUUGUGCUGUGUAGACUAUGCUAUUAGUGCAUCAUUGUAUUUGUAUUAGAUUAAUAUAGACGAUAUCCUGUUGACUUAUGUCAUGUACUUUUAGUUUAUUUAUUAUUCUAUAUUAUAUUAAUAUAAAUCAUAUGCAACUUAUGAAUUAUGUGAUGCCGUUCAUAUUAGAUGUAUUGUCAGCACAGUGUUGAAUGGUUAGUAUACUAUAAAAUAAAAGACCCGAGUAGCACACACUGAAGCACUUUGAUUAAAGGAUAACUCUAGGGUGAAUAUAGGCGAUUAUGUUUGAGUUUUGAAGAUUGGACUUUGAGAAAAAUCCUUUGUUGGAGGGCAAACAUUACUUCUUGUUAAUUGAAGUGUUUUGGGAGAAUGUUAUUACUCUAGUGUCAUGGAUGACUUGGAUAGAACACAGCUUGAUUCUCUGAACUGCUGUGCUAAGUUGUUUUACCCCAGGUCAACAGUUGGUGAGAUGCCAUCUUUUUCAAGUGUGAACUGGGGAUAACAUGUUGGAAUAGUUUAUAUUACACUUCGAGAUGGAUACCCAUAACUGUUUGGACAGUUUGGUGCAAUAAUGAAGGAUCCCAUGAAAACUCAUGUCUUGUGUAACUGCUCGUUGUGUGGAAACAUAGGAAUAUGAAAAUGGAAUUAACGUCGAAGUGAUAGAUAAAAUAUAUUAGUGGAAUUGGAAUUUUUUAUCUCAAGAGUUCAACCAAAGAGACCCUAAGUAAGAAUAAGGCUUAUGCAAUGUAAGAUCACUAAACUGAAACAAUGAAUAUCCUAGCAUCGAUUGAGAGGUGAGGACCUGCAAAAUCACUUGAACAUGGAAUUUGAGUUGAAAGCCCGUAAUGAAUCAAUCAUCCAAUUUAAAUGUAUGGAUUCGUUUUUGGAAUCACUUGAUGCAAGAGAAAAUUCAGAUAAAUCUGUAAAGAAUUUAAGAACAGUCAUAGUGGCUAAGCCAAUUAUUAAAUCUAAUUAUCCAAAAAUGGAAAAGGAAAAAAUAAGCAACAAUUGAUUCCCACUAAUUAUGUAGUCAUAAGUGUAGGCUAAGGGGGAUCUUGGUCGUAGCAGGCAAGAUUGAUUGUAAUGAUGGUGUUGCGACUAGGAGUGUAAUGAUCACCCUGCAGUGAGUGUCUUUCACACAAGUUGGAGACUGGCUUUAAGUGAGGUUCAUGGGAUGAUUCAAGAAAGUUAGUGUCCUAUUCAAGCUUCUCUAAUUCAAGUGUGUUGUCCUUUGUUCAUUGGAGUGGGGACAAUAAUUCCAGCAACUUUUACUUCCAGCUAAACUCAUCAAAGACGUGAUUUUGGGCAAGUUGGACACUAUCAACAUUCUUGCAAAAUCCAGGCGAGUUGCAAUCAAGCCAAGCUGCUGCCCAAUUCUAGAGAGUCUCCUUCACAUCCAAACCCCCAAUCAAACACACUUAAUCAAGAUCAAUUGAGCAUGUAUAAUUCUAAAUCAAAUAGAAAAAUGAAAAAGUAAAUGUAUUCACUAAUUUAUCGAAAGCCUGGUGAUAUUUUUAUGUUUUCACUGGGAUUUAGCACACAAUGCUGUUUACUUGCUUCACUUUAUUUACUAGGAAUGCGACGAAGGACAGUAGCUGGUUCAAUGUUCUCUUGAAAAAACAAAAAAAAUCAUUUUAGUAAAAUUGUUUUUCUAUAAACAUAUUAUAUUUGUCACAGCUCACAGCAAUGAUCAGUUCUAAACUAAACAUAAUCAUGCUUACUAUUAUUUAGAAUUUGAAGAACAUUGCUACAGCUGUAUCUUAGUGAGGUUAUAUAACUUCUAUUAUUUACAUAUUUCUAACAUUUGAGUGUGUUCUUUUUGCAAAAAAACACACGUUCUCCAAAAAAAGAAAUAAUAUAUUACAUACAUUCGUUAUUUUUAUAUACCUAUAUAAUUCUCUAUACCUUACAUAAAAAAUAUCUCUUUACACCAUUUCACAAAACAAACACACUGUAUUCUAAUACAUUAUUUUUUUUAUACUUUUAUUCUUAUUUUUUAACUACCAUGAAUAAUACUAAUUAUAAUAUCCUCUAUAAAGAUGUAAAUAAUGGAUAGAUUUGGAACACCAAGGGAAAGCGUGAUUUCAUCAACAAACUACCAUAUACAUGGUUAACAUUCUUUCAGUUGUAUAUAGAAGUGAUUUAUCAAAAGAUAUCUGCUUGCUUGCCUUCUGAUUGUUUAAUCUAUUGCAUUUUUUUUUCUAAAAGCUAAGCUUUUGGGAAAGUUGUAUCCUAUUAAGAACUAAUUAUUGUGUUUCCACCUUACCUUGGCGACAAAUUAUGGAGUAGCAGUAUGUGGUUGGUGGAAACUUUGUUUACUUGCAGAAGAACACACCAUAACUCAGUAAUCACUGAUGUUAAUAUCUGGAUAAUCAUGUUGAUUCUUAAUAUAUAUGUAUAUAACUUGUCCACAUCAUGCUAUCUGUAACAACAUGCACUGUAAUGUCUCUUUGUGGCAUAUUUAAAAGGAUUUAACCAUAUUUUUUUAUUAGAUUCUUAGGCUUGAUUCUGUAUCUAGACGUAUAAUCCAAUAAUGGCAUUUAUUAUUCCAAUUUAAUAAUCUACUGAUACAUGUUUCUGUGUACUAUGGUCAUCAAAAAUAGUACUUCAACUAUUGCCCCUCUGGCUUCAUAUCUUUUCAAUGUAACGUGUCUUCUCUAUCUUUGUUGUUCCCCCCUCACAUAAACAUUGAUUUAGAUUUAGAUUUUGCUAGAUCAAUUACAGAUAGCCAUGGGUUUUCUCAUUGUCCUUAUAUUUCAUGAUACUCUUCCACUGCUGCAGAAAUCUUAUCAAGCAUGUAAAACAAAUUUAUUCUGGUUUGAACCUGGUAGAAGUUAUACUCUCAGGCUUUUUAUACUUUGGGUGAUUAUUAGGGAUUAUAUCAGGAUUAAAAUAAUCCCCUUUAAUCUCAUUUAGUACACGCACCCUCAGAUAUCAGUAUUACUUAUAACCAUUGCAUAUAGCCUUUAUUUGAUAUUAGUAUUACUUAUAACCAUUGUAUAUAGCCUUUAUUUAUGGGAUUUUGCUAUGUUAGAAAAACUGUUUGAAAACUAUAGGACUUGUGCAAGAACUUUUCAUCAUGAUUAAACCCUGAAAUUUCACCAUAUUAAACUUAAUAUUAUGCGUCUCAAAUGCUAUAUGUUUAUUUGUAAUGCCGCUAUAUGUGAAUGAGUUAAUUUUAAUGUUUAGAUAUAUCCUGUGCAACAUGAUUCACCAGUCGUGCUGUAAUACAUGGUGGGGACAUGGUUGAUGCAUAUCCUAAUCCAUGAAAUCGUAUGUUAUUUUUUGCUUUUUCAAUUCAUCUGACCGUGUCUUCAGAACUAUUUAAGUUGAUAUAUUCCAUACAUGCCCUAUUUCUAUAUGCAGAAGUGCAUUGGGGACAAACCAAGUUGGUAGAGAUUUUAUAAGCUGAGUUGUUUGAGAUAAAUUAUAACAAUAUUCUAUGUUUGAUUCACCUCCACGACCUUCCUGUGGAUGAUGUCAUAACAUAUGAUUAAUUUAUCACAAUGUCCAAUCUUUUUAUGAAAAUGAACCCCCAUGUUCUGUCAACUGUCAGGUGCCAUUCCUUGUCCACCUUCCUAAAUGUGAUGAUCUCUAAUCAUCAUUUCUGGUUAAAUGUAUAUACACUUCAUAUUUUUCAUCGAAUGAUUGGAAUCCUCGUCGUGUCACCUUGUUAGAAUGAUAGCGAUUUCUCUCGUAGAUAAUGUGGUUUUUUAAGGCUUUGAAAGGUUGCAUAUAUCUCCCCCAUUGUUGUAUGUACUACUCAUCUAUGAAUUGUAUGGGUCCCAUGUCGCGCAUUUUUAACUUUAGUUCAGGAUUCGGAUCCAAUCCAUUCCCUUUAAACUAUUGGUUAUACAAGUAGAAUAUGCUUUCUCCGCACAAAUGGCUUGCCAUUUGUCAAUCAAUGACAACUGUUGCUCAUUACAGCUAAGGUACGGGGUUAUAAAUACCUUAAACAUAUUCAUAAGGUAGAGAGAGCUUCCAUUAGACUGUUGAGAUCAGAUCAGAAAACCCUCCUCUUUAGGCUUCUAAAUCAACAAAACCCGAUUAUGGAACAAGUAGAAGCAAUUUUUGAAGCGGGGUGGAAUCCCUUGACUGAAAUGUGCUCCGAAGAGACUGAUUUCAUGGCACAGUUGCUCGGCAACUAUUCAAUUCCUAGUGAGGUGCCGAGCACUUCCAUCUUUGCAGUCUCUUCUACAUUUUCUCACUCAAAAACUUCUGGGGCUGACGAAUGCCCCAUGUACUCAUUAGAUGAUACUACUAAUGGCAAUAGCUUGUAUUCCUUAUCACAAGCAAGCUGUUACAGUGGAGGGAAUAGCAUUGUUUUCCCCUUCACAAAUACUGAAACUCUCUACCCCAGCACUUCUCAUCACGUUUUUGUAUCUGACAAUAAUACUUUUAUGGCGAUGGAUUAUUGUAUGAUGGAGAAUAAGAGCAAUAGCUGCUCCCAAAUUCAUAUAGGAAAUGGCUUCUUGAACCAAGAUGUGAGUAACGACAGCACACACUCCAACGAGGAGUCUGGAAGUUGUCUCCUAGCGAAGAAGUUGCAGCUCGGAAAGGAGGUUGCAUUGUCCAUUCCGGAACGACCGAAGGAAGAUGAAUUCAGUAGCCCUUCCGAGUCCAAGAAAAGAUAUAGGGUCCCUGGAGAAGUUGAAAGGAAUGAGCGAAACUUGAAAGUUGAGAAGCGGCGUAAGGUUGAUCAUGAUACCACCAAGGAUAAUAUUAAUGGUGGUGAUGAGAAGCAACGGUUAAGCAGCAGCUGUUUUUCGGAAGACCAUUCAAAUGCUUCGCGUGAAAAGAAAGGAGGAAUGAUAGGGAACUGUGGGGCAAAUUCGAGUGGAAAAACACGAACCAGUAGAGGUUCAGCAACCGAUCCCCAGAGCCUCUAUGCAAGGAAAAGAAGGGAAAGGAUAAAUGAAAGACUGAGAGUGUUGCAGAAUCUUGUUCCAAAUGGAACUAAGGUCGACAUCAGCACAAUGCUUGAAGAAGCUGUCCAGUAUGUCAAGUUCUUACAGCUUCAGAUCAAGAUGUUGAGCUCAGAUGAGUUGUGGAUGUAUGCUCCCAUUGCCUACAAUGGAAUGGACAUUGGUGGCCUCAUCUAAUUCUAAUUCCUAAUAUACACAUCGGAAUUCAACUGCAGACCAAAGCCAAUAUUUAUCCUCAUCAAAGAUGAUGAUGAUCAUGAUCAUGCCUUAGUUGGGAACACUACUACUAUUUAUUUCUCCAUUCUUUUUUUUUUUUUUUUUUUGUUUCUUAAUGAAUAAAAUGGCAAUGGCAAUAUCCUCUUCAACAGGGACAAAUCCCUUGAACCAUUCAUCAAUUAAUCAGUUAAACAAAAGCUUGAUCAAUAACUGUUUUUCUUUGUAUUUUGAGAGCAGCAGGCAGUGUAGGAGGAGGAGGGUUCAUGGAAUUGUAUAAAUAUCUAAUUAAUAAAUAAUGAAGUGUCCGAUCAAACUGUACUACUACAUGACACCAUCCAUGUUCCAAUAUGCAAUAGGAGAAGAGCUUCUUUCAUUUA